ACAAUCGGCAACGGCAACGAACAAGCGCCCCCCACGUGAAUUGCAUUCCAGUCGAUCCCGCCUGCCAUCCCUUGCAUAACGCCGACGCGAUGGCUCUUGCACGGUCCGCCAGCGGCCCUGGCGGGCUGAGCAUCAACACGGGAUCAGCCAAUCUCUUUGGAACCAACACCAGCCAGCCUCCAGCGGGCGGUGGACUCUUCGGGACCGCCGCUUCCCAGCCCUCGCAAACGGGUUCUUUGUUCGGCACCGCGUCUUCGCAGCCCCAGCAGACCGGCAGCCUGUUCGGCCAGACGACGACCACUUCGCAGCCCCAGCAGACGGGAGGCUUAUUCGGGUCGACGACUGCCACCUCUCAGCCCCAACAGACAGGAGGCUUGUUCGGGUCGACGACUGCCACUUCUCAGCCCCAACAGACAGGAGGCUUGUUCGGGUCGACGACAGCCCAGCAGCCGCAGCAGACCACGGGGGGACUGUUCGGGAGCGCGACAAGCCAGCCAGCACAGACGGGUGGCCUUUUUGGCGGAGCGACGCAGACAACACAGCCGGCCGUGGGCCUGACCAUGGGCCAGUCGACCGCGGGGCAGCAGCAAGUCGUGCCCGGGGUGCGCAUCGACCUCAGCAACAUCAAGUCGACGACGCGGUUCAACGACCUGCAGGAGUCGAUCCAGAAGGAGCUGGCCAUGAUCGACGAGGCGAUCCAGAAGUGCAUCAAGGAGAAGGACGCGAUCGAGGCGUUCCUGCCGUCGCACGGCGACCAGCUGGCGGCGAUCCCGACCGACGUCAGCUUCGUGUCGCGCAAGUCGGAGGGCGCGCACACCGCGCUGGCCGGCGACGUCGUCGCCAUCGACCAGCUGCGCGAGCUGGUCAAGCAGGACGCCGGCCACGCGCGCCUGUCGUUCCGCGCCAUCGACAACCUCAAGCUGCCGACGCAGUACCACCAGGCCGGCCUGUGGUCCAGCAGCAGGGCCCAGCAGGUCGGCGGCGGCGGAGGAGGUGGUGGCGCCGGGACCGGAGCCGGCGGGGGCUCAGGCGCGGUCGCCGCCGGCGAGCAGAGCAACACCGACCUGAUCAGCUACUUCUCGCGGACGGCGGACGAGAUGGACGAGAUGAUGCGGAAGUUCGAGAAGAACCUGGGCGAGAUCGAGGUGCACCUGCACGGCGUGCAGGGGAACAUGCUGGAGCAGAUGCAGCGCGUGGCGGCGCAGAAUAACAAGAACGCGGCGCAGGGCGGCGUGGACGAGCGGGUGGUCGAGCUGGCGGCCGUGCUGCGGGACUUUGAGGAGAGCAUCCUCAAGGUGGCUGGCGCUGUGGGUACCGUGAAGGAGGGCGUCACCGAGCUGCAGCUGAAGGACUUCAUGGGCCAUGGGAGCUGAGUGGGCUGAGGGUGGUAUCAAAUGGAUGGAUGACGGACUGAGAUUCGUCUGUGUACCAUUACUACUCCUGUAGGACCCGAGUCCCGGAGUAGGGAGCGGUCUUGAAAAUACCCAGAGGGCGGAUGCCUGUAUUUGCCU